AGAUGCAAUGCGAUAAUGCGGCCCGAGGGAAGCCAUACUCGGGGUUCGCUGACUGGUCCACCUAACUUACUAGGGCGGCCAAUCAGCGUACACCAUAAACUCUCUACACUCCCGAUUGGCUGUCCCCAAUGCGGGUUCCUCCCACCCUCCGCCGCCGUUCGUAAUAUAGACGCCAUUGCCGUUCAAGCACGAUGGAUUUCCAUCCUCAAUUCCGCUACCCUGGCUUUCUCGAAACAGCUGACUCUGGAGUCUUCCAAGGAAGCCUCCAAGAUAGCCCGAGCCUCUAGGUCUGCAGCCACGGUCACGACCUGCAAAAUGGCGGAUCAGGUGACGGCGGACGCCAAGGCUCGUGUGGUCCAGGGUGGAGGAGACCCCGGGUGCUGGCAGCUGGUGCUCAGCGAGUGUGAGCUCCAGUUUGGUCAGUACCGGGGCCGGACCUUCAAGUGGCUGCUGAGCAAUGACGUGGGCUACGCCUGCUCCAUCCUGGCCUCUCACCAGAAGGAGCGGGACGGCGGAGACACGUCACAGUCGCCCCUGGCUCGGAACAAAGACGGCCUGGCAUCCUACGCGCAGCUGUUCCCGGACAUGUCCCUGGCCGUCCGCAACCGCAUGAUGCUCAUGGGCGCGCCGGUGGUCAGGGAGAUGGAUGACAAGCUGCUGGAGUUCGGGGAGUACCGCCACGAGACCUAUCGCUUCCUGUACGACUCCCCCGGCGAGGAGCAUCGAUCAUACGUGGCAUGGAUGAGGAAGACCAAGGUGUUCCAGGGCUCGCGGCUGCACUCCUUCCAACAGUACAUCCUGGGCCGAGACAGACAGGCCAAGUACAAAGCAGGAGAGGGUGAGCCGUCUGACCAGCAGCUAAUGGAAGCCGCCGCAGAAGUGGAGUCUCAGCUGUCUGAGGAACCGUCAGCAGCCGCCUCAACCUCCGCCGCGUCCGCCUCUGGCGUAGGUGCACUCGCCAGAGGGCAGACAGCUGGCACAGAGUCGACCCCCGGCACAAAGGUAGGCAUUGCAACUUAUUACCAGAGUGUCGUCCGUCUGUCGCAGGUGCUGCCGAAGGGCUGGCGCCAAACUUUGCCGGAGACCGAGCACGAAUGGCUGGCCAAAGCGCUCUACGUCAAAGGUUCCCGUGGGAAAAUGGUCCUGACGUCGGAGCUGCAGCUAUGGUGGGACCCCCCCAAAACGCCACUUUAUUACACCCAGCCCCCCACCUCCUCCAAGGCCUUCUUCCACCACCGCUUCUUCCUCUGGGCGCCGUACAAGAUGUGGGGGUUGAAGCUGGCCUGCCCCCACUGCCGGCACCGGCUGACCGGAGGCGGGCUGUACCGGACCGUGCGGCGGGUGCUGGACCUCCAAGAUUGGUACUUCAUGGGCACCGAGUACCUGGAGUGCAUCGGCUGCCGCCGGAAGUACUCGGCCUGGGAAGAAGCCAUCAUCCAGCAGAUGAGCAUGUACCAGCAGCUGAAGUUCCCGGCCGUCCUCACGUACAAGUUGGCCUGCGACUUGAAGGUGGUGCACAUGCUGAAGGACCGCUCGUUGGGCAACUCCGUCACCAGCCUGCGACGGAAAAUCCAGGAGGGGCACACCUUGGAGUGGCUGAGGCACAGUUUGGAUUACCUCUCCGUGCUGGAGCAGCUGGGUGUUCCCACCGGCGUUCUAGGGUGCAUGCGCCCUGUGCCCCGCACAGUCUGGUUUCUGGCCGCCUUCGUGAGAGCGGUGAUUCCACACCUUCCCGAGAACAAGGCCCGCAUCACGUCGGUCUUCGGGAGCGUGCUGAAGAUGGACUCCACCAAGAAGAUGGCCAAGAAGCUUGCGGGGGCGGCCGCCGGAACCGCCGCCUGGGUCACCAACGUGGGCAACGAGCACGGGCAGGUGCUCAUGUCCGUGCUCACUGUCGCCGAGGGCGAAGGGCUGUCGUGCAUGGCGAGCGGACUGAUGCGGCGGUACAGGGAGGCGGGACAGGCCCCGCCUCAGCUUCUGUACGUGGACCGCGACUGCUGCUGCGCCACCGGGAAGGGCAAGGUCGCGGCCAUGUUCGGCGAUUGGAAGGAUCUGAUGGUGCGGCUGGACGUGUGGCACCUCAUGCGGCGCUUCGCCAGGGGGGUGACCACAGACGCCCACAUCCUCUACGGUCCCUUCAUGGCCAGGCUGUCCCUGGCCAUCUUCGAGUGGGACGCCGAGGACAGGAACGUGCUGAGACGGGCCAAGCAGGCCGAGCAGGGCGCGGACGGCGGCCGACCGGUCACUCUUUCGGUCAGGGAGCUGGCCCGACACUGCCGUCGCCGCACCAGAGGGGCCGAGGAGACGGCGCGGCUCAUCCAGGAGGUGCUGGACCACUUCUGGGAGGCCAAGGAUACCAUGGGCAUGGCUCUCCUCGACCAGGCCAGGACUCGGCACAUCUGGGAAACGCAGCGCCAGCACAUGGCCUGCAUCCAGGACCCGCCCGGCAUCCCCAUAUACACCAAGGUGGGGGAGGUGACGAGAGGUGGCAUCAAGCUUCCCAUAUUUAAGUGCGCGCGAGGCUCCACUUCCCUGGAGUGCUUCCACCUCCACCAGUGCCGCUUCAUUCCAGGCACCGUGGCCAACGCCCUCCACUUCCAGGUCUACCUGCUGGAGGGCUUGACCCGGUGGAACGAGGACCGAGCCAGGGCAGCCGUGGUGGGGGGCCAGUCGACGACCUUGACACGCUGCUACAACUCCCGCCUGCUCAGCGCUUUCCAAAAGCUGACGCAGAAGCUGCUGAAACGCACGGUGGUGGAAAACUACACCCCGCCGGGGGAGUACACCGGGGAGCUCAUCGGCUUGGACUACCUGUACGCCCAGACCGGCGCCGCGCUCCAUCCGGACCCCGGUCGUGACAAGAAGGGAGAGGAUGACGACCCGACUGCUUGGAUGGACAAGGUGGCGGAGGAAGAGGAGGAGGAGGAGCAGGAGGAGGACGACGGGGCGGUCGACGUGGAAGAUCCGGACGAAGGAGACCCGGAGUUCAUGGCCUUGUCUGAGUCCAUGAUGGAGUGCCAGGACAGGGACAGGGACAGGGACAGGGACAGGGACAGGACGCCUGCGCCCCCACCACCUCCAGACGCCCACGUAGAGGAUGACGUCCUCGGACCGGACGGACGCACAGGCUACCAGCACGUCUGCCGCCUGGCGUCGGCGCUGGUGGAGCUGCGUCUGAGUCCCUUUGUCACUCAGUCGCAGGUGGCCAACAUCAGGGAUCUGUGGCUGAAGCUGGACUCCAGGGACAAGGCCCCCCUUGCCCUUCCCACGCGGCACAAGGACAGGUUGUCCAAGGGCCGCUUCAAGACCUCGGCCAGAAAUCGCCACUCGACGGGCCUGGACAGUGCCAAACGUCUCGCCAUCGGAAAGGGCACGGAGGUGGCGCACUUCCCGAGUGUGAGCAGGUUGAUGGAGGCCAUUUUCAUCGAGCUGUGCCACAUCCACGCUCAGGGGCACAGCCUGGCCGGAAUCCGGAUGAGCCGAUGGGGGCUAGUGAUGCGUGACUUCGGGCGCAUCAAACAGAUCUGCAGGUCUGCGCAGCUGCUGGCCGCCGCUCCCAUCCAGCUGGUGGAGGUCAAUCACCGGACCCUUUCACAGUGGUACAACCGGAGAAGCAAGGAGGAACUGGCCAGGGGCCUGUGCGUAGUGCUUCCGGCGCCCACCGCAGACCAGGUCGCAGCAGAGGCACUCCCACCGUCCAAGCCUUUACUGGAGAAGGCGGUGCAGCCCAGUAAAGGCCUGGAAUACCACCACCCGAACGACACCUCUGGUCUGGCAGUCACUCACAGAGGGCCUGUCCUGCCAGAGCUUUUUGCAGCGCGUGUGUCCGCUUCAUCCUCCUCCUCCUCCGUCUCCGCCGCCGCUGCUGCUGCUGCAUCCGCUUCGCCCUACUCCGCCACUGUCUCCGCUUCGUCCUCCUCCGCUGCUGCCGUGUCCGCUUCGUCCUCCCCUGCUGCUCGCAUACGGGAGCAUCAGAUACGGCCGCAUAUGGGCUUCGCCACUCCAAGUGUCAGCACCCCCCCUGGCAGCAGUGGUGGUCCCAAAAGGAGAAAUGCGACUCAACAUAAAUGCAAGCUUUGUGGAAACCCCAAGUCAAAAGCAUUUGGCCACAGCCGUUACAGGAACGAGCACUUUUGCUCUCAGUCGGCAGGGCGUUCGGUGGAAGACUGGCUCGCUGAGAAGAGGAGGGACGAGGCACAAUCAAAGACCCAACAUCAGUCCUUACGCCAUCUGCUGCCUCAACCUCCCAACGAUCCCCCCCGCGCCCCCAACACCCAAUAGCAUCCGGCGUGGUGCGUGCUGUUGUCGUCGUCGCUUCUGACCACUUACGUGCCUCUUGUUUCCCGGGAUACAAUCAGGACUCUCUUGGGAUCCUAUCUGGUGUUGCCACCUCCUGAGGAGGAAGCCCCCAAACUUUUUACUUCCCUCCAAAUGUUCAGUGGCAUCUGACCUAUGCACAGAUAUAAAAAAGUGUUUUUAUCUAUUUAUCUAUUUGUUCUUUUUAAAAAGAUUGCCAAAGAUAUAUAGUGUUUCUUUAUUUUUACUUAUUUAUUUAUGUAUUUAUUUAUGUAUCUGUUAGACAUAUUGUGUUUCUUUAUUUUUAUUGAUUGAUUGACGACAACCAUGACGACAGUGUGUUUUUUGCUCUUAAAAUAAAUUGUUGGCUGUGUGUUGCUUUUUCACAAAUAAAAGUUGUUUUACUAUA